AUGACAAAUGAGCAACCACCGAAUAAUCGACGAUCUCAGAGGAAGUAUGCUGAUGCCUCCGAGGAUCAGCACCAGGCUGCUGUUCUCAUAGCCGUCACGGAGAAAGGCACGACAUCCCCCAAUUUCGUCGAAGCAGUUAUUGGGUCCGCGUCAGUCCGUCAACUGCGAGAUUACGUGUUUGAUGCAUGUCAGCAUUCGACGGGAAUGAUGCUCAUAGCCAUCGAAGGCAAGGCAGAUUGGAUCGAAGUGAUGCUUCGCGACACGUUCCCUCAUAUGCCGUCUGUACUCGAAAGCGCCUCCUCCACAGUUCCGUGGAUUAAUGGACACGAAAUUUCUCUAGCAAUGGACCACGUAUAUGUAUCCUCUAACGCAGACAACGUUGAAAGCAGAUACUUAAAUCUGAGCUCCUCUCAAAUCGCCCGCUUCGUGCGAAUCGUGGGCUGUUUGAGCUUGCAUAAUGCUGAUGCGAAUGGUGAGGACCGGCCUAUAGGCGUCGUUGUUGUAGAAGAAGGGCAUGAUCUUCUAGGAGAGAUGCGCCUUCUUUACCAAAGUCAGGACGACAGACGAUGGAAGAGAUUAUGCCGGGAGCCUUACUGGUUAUUUCCCGACCUGUUCUACCUUGCCACGAGAUGGGACAUGGUCAUCAAAGCAUUAACGGAGAACCUUGCUUCAGUAGAAGUCCUAGUCUACAGGAAGACCCUUCCAAUAGUUUCACUGGCCAGAGUACUUCAUAUGGAUAUCUCGACCACUAUCGAAUUGCGAGAAUACCUAAGAACACACGCAGAAACCAUGCGACGGAUCCGCGAGUUCAUUCGAGACAUACAUGCGAAAAGCAGGUCACCUGUGCAAGAAAACGGAGCCUCUCUGCUCUCUCGGCUGACGGAAACCUGUCAGAUGCUGGAACACCAUCAAAGUGUGAUCGCAACAAUGAGAGAGCAGCUUGACAAUCUUUUAAGCCUCCUGUUCAAUAUGGAGACUGUCGAGCAAGGAAGAGCCGUGACGAGGUUGAGCGCUCUUGCAUUUGUCUUCAUACCAUUAUCGUUCGUUGCGACCCUCUUCGGGAUGACGGAAGCACAUAUCUCGCCUCGCUGGUAUGCCGCAGCGGGACCGUCGUGCCUCAUCCUCACUGUGCUUGCCGCGUUCGGACUGAUGAAGGCGCUCGAUACCUGGGAAAAUUACUCUUCCAAUAAGAAUCUAUAUCGGCAAAAGCUCCAUAGUCCGGACGACCCUAUCGGUACGAACGAGGGGCCCAGCAUCAAGCGGCUUGCGGACAGGAGCCCUACACUCGACUCAAUGCGAUACAAGCCGCAAGGGGCGAAACAAAUCAUUAACGAAUGGCGGGCGUCUGGCGUUCGACAACCUCAGCAGUCAGCCAAGUCCUAUCUGGUUCCAGAACCGCGUCCUUCAGUGCCUAUCGUUUCGCCGUCCGAACUACCACCCUCCUCGCCCGUGGCAAGCAACUCGAAUGAAAAGCACGAACCGCAGAGAGAAGUGGCCCACGCAGAGUCUAGUCUCGAUCGCGAUCGCGUAAGCCUGGCUCCUCAGCCGCAAUCGCGGCUUGAGCAAAGUCGAAUCGUCAGACCCCAGAGGCACUCCGCACCGCCCAUCGAGCGGCGUGAACGCGAUGAAACCAACGCGCCUCGAUCAUCUCAUAACGUACUUUUUGAGCGCACAACAGUGGGUACUGCGAGUGAGUUCGAUCGCAGGCUGAGGAUCAUCAAGGAGGAAAGCACUACGGCCAUGAGCCAGCCCAGUAGGCUUUUUGGAUGA